AGAAGCAUAUAUAGAGGGCUGUUCUGCAUGUGUGGAGACUGCUGAUGCUCAGUUAUGCAGGCGGUGGUUUGUAUCAGUAGCCCAGGGAUAAUGUAGCCAGGGAAGAGCUGCUGGAUGGCCAAGGUACACCCUCCCCCACCUAGGACUAGGUACAAUCUUCCUAUGACUUACAUAAUUUAAUUUUAGUAUAGAAAAUUAGAGAUAUUAAAAUAAGCAAAAUACUUGUAAUUGAUAAUUAAAUUGGGCAAAGGCUUGGGAGCUUUCAGAAGAUUUGUCAGUGAUGUUAAUGUCCCAAGGUCAUUGGUGAGCCAUAUGACAUGCCUAAAGGUAGCAUAAUUGUCUUGGCCACUAGGAACAGCAGUACCCAUUCACUAUGCAAAUGCCAGUUUGCUCCACAGAGCAAACUCCAGAUUUGUAAUUAACCCCGACAGGGUGGUACCGCCCUUGCCGAGAGGACUGGAGGCUUGGUUGAUGUAAUCACUUUGGUCUCCUGAUGAGUUUAGGCUGCGGGUGAGAGUCCUUUAUCAUAAUCCAAUGAGAGAGGAAGUCCUGAAGUCUCCGCCCACUGCACGAAGGGGACUCCAUAUCACCAGCCUGUUUCUUGCUCUUCACCAUUCACUCGGUGGGAAGAGCUGCACGUAGGAGGGCAAGUCCAGGCUUCAGGGUCCCUGCAGCCCCUGCGGCCCCCAGGUCUCCCUGAAGUGCCCAGCGCCGCCACGAUGCCCUCAUCCCCGCUCAGGGUCGCCGUGGUGUGCACGAGCAACAUCAACAGGAGCAUGGAAGCCCACAGCCUCCUCGAGAGGAAAGGGUUCAGCGUCCGUUCCUUUGGGGCUGGAUCUCGUGUGAGGCUCCCAGGACGGAGACCCGAUCUUCUCGCGGUUUAUGAUUUUGCCACAACGUAUCGACAGAUGCACGACGACCUCCGAAGGAAAGACAGGGAAUGCUACACACAGAAUGGCAUCUUGCACAUCUUGGGAAGAAAUGAGAGGAUCAAGCCCCGUCCCGAAAGAUUUCAGGAGUGCACCAAGUCCUUUGACGUCAUCUUCACCUGUGAGGAGCGUGUCUAUGACAGGGUGGUGGAACACCUGUGGUCCAGAGAAGAGGAGACCUUGCAGCCCGUGCAUGUGAUCAACGUGGACGUGAAAGACAACCCGGAAGGUGCCACCCUCGGAGCGUUCCUCAUCUGUGAGCUGUGCCAGCGCCAACAGGAGGCGGGCGACAUGGAGGACAAAAUGGCUGGGCUGCUCCGGCAAGCGGAGGAGACAACGGGAAUGAGUUUUCUUCACACCGUCUGCUUCUACUGAAGAUCUUGGCUGGUUCUGGCUUCUUCCUCCGUAAGGACGUAGGCGCGGAGCUUUGGACUCCUCCAUACUUGCUGUGAG